AUGCUGGUUGUUAUUUCAGGUGGCUCUCAGGGCUUGGGUCUGUCGCUUGCCAAGGAGCACGUCAAGCGCGGACACAGUAUAGUGCUGGUGUCCCGGACGGAGUCGAAGCUGCAAGCGGCAGUUAAUGAUUUAGAGCUUGUGCAUGUCUCUCCUGGCCACGAGGACCAAUACAUCAAAUACGUGAGUGCAGAUGUGUCCAAUGCGAAGGAGUGCGACCAAGUGUUUGGCCAAAUAGGUGAAAUACCCGACAUUGUGUACUGCUGUGCUGGGGCCUCUCGGCCGGGCAUGUUUAUUGACCUGAGUGCUGAGGAUUUGGCACAGAACAUGCAAACCGUCUACGACACUGCAUUGUACUUUAGCCACGCCGCGCUCAGGGUAAUGGCCAAUUCGCCCGACAAGCUGCACAAGCGCCGUCAGCUGGUGUACUGCUCUUCUACGCUGGCUGUGUUCCCGUUCAUUGGGUACUCCGCAUAUGCACCGGGAAAGGCAGCUAUAAGAGCACUCUCAGAUAUCGUCCGCCAAGAGUGCCUGGCCCACAACAUUCGCGUAUCACACAUUGUGCCGGGGACUAUGGCGACCGAGGGCUACACGGUCGAGGAACAAACAAAGCCGGCCAUCACCAAAAAGAUCGAGGGCCCGUCGCCGCCCCAGAGCCCGGACAAUUGCGCAAAAUACAUUAUGAAACGACUAGAUAUGGGGGAUGAUACAGUCUACACCGACACCGUGACCUGGAUUCUGGGCAGCUCGAUGAUGGGCACAAGCCCGCGGUCCGGAUGGGGCAUUUUACAGUCCCUUGUGGGGUUCUUCUUUGUGAUUUUCGGUCGUAUCGUCGCUUGGUCCAUCGACCGUGAUAUCUUGCGCGACGCUAAUAAACAGGGCACCGAAGAGUAG